GCCUACCCAUCUACUGUGUUCAUUACCGACUCUUUUGCUCGUCUCUUUCACUCCCGUCCUCUCUAUGAGCACAGGAGCUCGACAGCUGAAGAUAAAAAUAAUAACAAAGUAAAAAACAAAAAAUGACCGCCCCUUCCGCGUUUACCGUGGAAGAUGAACAGGCACCAACGGCCCCCCUCAUCUCCGUUCACACCGGCGCCGUGGAAGACUACCACCGCAUCUUACGUCGCCUCAUCGGCGGCACCAUCGGCGGGGUUAUGCAGGCCGCUACCAGCCACCCUUUCGAUACCAUCAAGUCGCGAGUGCAGAACGGUCUCUUCCCCUCCAUCUCCUCCUGCGCGCGGCACACGUGGCGGGAGGAGGGCCUGCACGGCUUCUACCGCGGCGUCACACCGCCCCUGCUCUUCUGCGGCUUCCAGAACCUCACGCUGUUCAGUCUCAACCAGGUGAUGAGCAACUACAUGUCGCCCGACACCCACGAUCGCCAGACGCCGCUGCCGUUGUGGCGCACCGCCGUGGCGGCCCAGCUGACGGCCCCGCUGUACGUCCUGACGGUGGCCCCGGUGGAGAAGGUGAAGGUGCAGCUGCAGAUGCUCGGCAAGGGCGGCCACGAGUCGUCCACGGUCGUCGGGCCGAUAUCGUGUCUUCGUCGCAUCAUCCAGACGGAGGGCUACCGCGGCAUCUUGUCGGGGUACACCCCCACCCUCAUGUCCCGGCUCAUCGGCCUUCCCUUCUACUUCAUGGGCUACCAGACGGCCCGCACCGCCCUGCUGGACUCCCGUCUGGCCUCCACGCACACCGGCCGUGAGGUGCUGGUACCGAUGCUAAGCGGCAUGGCGGCGGGGAUGUGCUUCUGGACGAGCAACUACCCGUGCGACUUUGUGAAAACCCGCGUGCAGGCCUCGCGGACGCGGGUGGCGAUUCCUGACGUCAUUCGUGCGACGUACAAGGCAGGCGGCAUUCGCGGCUUUUACAAGGGCUACACCGCGUGCAUCAUGCGGUCCGCCCCUGCCAACGCCUCGGUGUGGCUCGGUAUUGAGCUCACCUCCUCGUUUAUGAUCAGCAAGGGAUGGUGA